AUGUCACGGUUUCUACAGCACCAGGCUCCCCUCAACACUGAGGAGCCACACAGUGGCAGUGAGAUUUCAGAGGAAUUUCUCAAUAGAAAAAGGCAUCACCAAUGGGAUGAAUGUGACAAAGCUGAAAGCCCCAACCAGAACCUUGUUCAACAUCCGGAGUUCAGCUCUGGAGAAGUGAAAUAUGAAUAUAAUACAUGUGAGAAUAUUUUCAGAUAUACCUUUAACCACAAUAGACAUAGGAGAGUUCACACUGGAGAAAAGUCCUAUCCAUGUGCUGACUGUGGGAAGUCUGUCAAUCAAAGGUCUUCCCUCAUUAAACACCACAGAGUUCACACUGGGAAAAAACCUUACAAAUGUAGUGAAUGUGGAAAAUCAUUUAGGCGCAAUUAUGACCUCUUUAUCCACAAGAGUGUUCACACUGGAGAAAAACGAUUCGAGUGUAGAGAAUGUGGGAAAUCUUUUCAUGGAAAUUCUCAACUCACUAAACACAACAGAGUUCACACUGGAGAAAAGCCACAUAACUGUAGUGAAUGUGGGAAAUCAUUUAGGCGCAAUUAUGAUCUCUGUAUCCACAAGAGAGUUCACACUGGAGAAAAACCAUAUGAGUGUAGUGACUGUGGGAAGUCCUUCAGCAGUAGCUCGACUCUCAUUCGACACCACAGAGUUCACACUGGAGAAAAACCAUAUGAGUGUAUUGACUGUGGGAAGUCCUUCAGCAAUAGGUCUAAUCUCAUUCGACACCACAGAGUUCACACUGGAGAAAAACCUUACAAAUGUAGUGAAUGUGGAAAAUCAUUUGGGAGCAAUCGAGACCUCUUUACCCACAAGAGAGUUCACACUGGGGAAAAACCAUAUGAGUGUAGUGACUGUGGGAAGUCCUUCAGCAGUAGCUUGACUCUCAUUCAACACCAAAGAGUUCACACUGGAGAAAAACCAUAUAGCUGUAGUGAAUGUGGGAAAUCAUUUAAGCGCAAUUAUGAGCUCUGUAUCCACAAGAGAGUUCACACUGGAGAAAAACCAUAUGUGUGUAGUGACUGUGGGAAGUCCUUCAGCAGUAGCUCGACUCUCAUUCAACACCACAGAGUUCACACUGGAGAAAAGCCAUAUAGCUGUAGUGAAUGUGGGAAAUCAUUUAGGCGCAAUUAUGAUCUCUGUAUCCACAAGAGAGUUCACACUGGAGAAAAACCUUAUGAGUGUAGUGACUGUGGGAAGUCAUUCAGCAGUAGCUCGACUCUCAUUCAACACCACAGAGUUCACACUGGAGAAAAACCAUAUAACUGUAGUGAAUGUGGGAAAUCAUUUAGGCGCAAUUAUGAGCUCUGUAUCCACAAGAGAGUUCACACUGGAGAAAAACCAUAUGAGUGUAGUGACUGUGGGAAGUCCUUCAGCAGUAGCUCGACUCUCAUUCAACACCACAGAGUUCACACUGGAGAAAAACCUUACAAAUGUUGUGAAUGUGGAAAAUCAUUUCGGCGCAAUGUUGAGCUCUGUAUCCACAAGAGAGUUCACACUGGAGAAAAACCAUAUGAGUGUAGUGACUGUGGGAAGUCCUUCAGCAAUAGGUCUAAUCUCAUUCGACACCACAGAGUUCACACUGGAGAAAAACCUUACAAAUGUAGUGAAUGUGGAAAAUCAUUUGGGAGCAAUCAUAACCUCUUUACCCACAAGAGAGUUCACACUGGAGAAAAACCAUAUGGGUGUAGUGAAUGUGGGAAAUUUUUUCGGCGCAACAAUCACCUCCUUAUCCACCAGAGAGAUCACACUGGAGAAAAACCUUUUAAGUGUAGUGAAUGUGGAAAAUCAUUCAGGCAAAAUUCCAAUCUUAUGCAACACCAGAAAAUGCACACUGGAGAAAAGCCGUAUGAGUGUAGUGACUGUGGGAAGUCCUUCAGCAGCAGCUCUACUCUCAUUCGACACCACAGAGUUCACACUGGCAAAGGGACUUACGAGUGUAUUCAAUGUGGGAAAUCUUUUUGCUCUAAAUCUUUCCUCAUUCAACAUUUGAGAGUACACACUGGAAAAAAGCUUUAA